AUGGGAAGCAAGAACAAGAUUCAACGACAGGAGUCUUGGCUCAACGCCAAGAAGGAGAAGGGUCGGACUCGCAUUCAAGAGCGGAAGGCUCGCCGGAGGGAGGAAGAUAAAAACCCACAGCUGCGAGCAGAGCGACUUGCACAGAACAAGCCAAAGACGCUUGAGGACAAACGUAUAUGGCCGGCAUCUGAAGAUGACUAUGCGCGGAGAAAGCGGAGAAAGGUAGAGGAGGAGGCGCAAACGGAGGUGGAGGAGAUGGAAGAGGACGAGGCCAAAAAGGAAGAGGAGGAGAAAAGCAAACCAGAAGCCGAAGUUGAAGGCGAUGUCGACAGCGACGACGACCUAGCCAGUUUUCUUGGGGACGAUGACGACGACGAAGAGGAAGCCACCCCGGCUGCGAAAAAGGGGGCCAAGGAAAAGGCUGCCCCUCCGACGGCAGAGGAAAAGGCAGCACGCCAGGAUGCCAUGGCCGCAAAGUAUGCAGAGCUGCUGAAGGAGCCGGCGCCAGCAGAGCCACGGAUCCUGAUCACGACGUCCCGCCAUGCAACGAUUCACAAGUACGCACACACGCUCGUCGACCUGUUUCCCAACAGCACGUACAUCCCGCGGUCGGGUCACCGAUUUGUGCACCAUGAGUACAGCAUCCGCGAGAUCGCCGGCUACGCCACCAACCGCGGCUACACGGCUCUGAUGAUCGUCAACGAGGACUUGAAGAAGGCUUCGGGUCUCGACAUCGCCCUGCUGCCCCACGGCCCCAUGCUGCACUUUUCCAUCCAGACCUGGGUCGACGCCAAGUUUCUGCCCAACCACGGCCGCUCGACCGGCCACUCGCCUGAGAUGAUCAUGAAUAACUUUGACACGUCGCUCGGAAAGCUCGUCGGCGGCGUGCUCGGGCGGCUCUUUCCGCCGAACCCGGACCUGGUCGGCCGCCAGGUGGUCACGCUGCACAACCAGCGCGACUACGUCUUUGUGCGGCGGCACCGCUAUGCCGUGCGCGACAAGCGGGCGACGGAACGCAGCGUGGCCGACAAGAACGGCAAGACCAUGGCCGGUGUCGAGGACGUCAAAGUGGCGCUGCAGGAAAUCGGUCCGCGCAUGACGCUGAAGCUACGGCGCGUGGACAAGGGCCUGCAGCGGAUGUCGGGACAAGCUUUCGAGUGGCGCGGCCGCAUGGAGAAGCAACGUACGCUAUGGCAGCUGUAG